GCGAGCUAUAAAAGAAUGUGUCGACCUUUUUCAAGUUUAUUUGUGCUUUGGAACGUUUGAACAACAACGACGCGCAACUUUUUAGAACAAAAAUAUUCAAAAAAAUAAAACUCGUGUGGUGUAAAUUUAUUGCCAAGAGGCUACUCCUACUCCAACUGCUACCUUAUAUUAUAUCGCUCGUAAAUUCUGGUAUAAAGGACACCAUGGCUGUUGUACCAGCUUACAAUACCGACUAUGAUUCCUGGGAUUAUCGCAGGCGGAUGUGGAGAGAUUGGGACUUGGUUGAUUGGGAUGUGCCAUCAUGGUCACGCAUUGCAAGGAUGCGAUCCAUGCCGGAUUUAAGUCGUGUCACAGUGGGUAAAGAUGGAUUCGAGGCGAAUAUCGAUGUGCACCAAUUUAAGCCCUACGAAGUGACAGUCAAGACAGUUGGUGAUACAAUAACGGUCGAAGCAAAACACGAAAAACGUCGAGAUGGGGAUAAUUUUAUUGGGCGCCAUUUGGUGAAGAGAUUCGUCCUGCCAAGAGGAUUUUAUCCAAACGAUGUAUCUUCGUCACUGUCAUCGGAUGGAAUAUUGACGAUUAAGGCACCUCCUCCAGCUGCUCAUGAAAGGAUUGUUUAUGUUCGGCAAACUGGUCCUUCGUAUUUGAGUAUUAAAAAUUGAAUUUAUCGAUUUUUGUGUUGUAAAAUUUAACAUAAUUAAGUAUCUAAAUAAGUGUGUGAGUUUUUUGUUCGUACUUUUUUUAUGAAAGAAAGAAAGAUUAAAAAAUCACUUGUUUUUAAAGACUAAUAUCACAUUGAUAGUGUUGUUGCAAAAGUAUAAACAUUUCCGUUACAUACCAUGGACGUUAUUAUUUUUAAAAUAAGUUAAUAUAAUAAUUUAAUGCUAAUAUUUAACAUUGUUUAAGAAAGUUAUUUGAAAUAAUAAUAAAUUUGAAUUAAAAAGUGAAGAAA